AUGUCGCUGACUAUCUCUGUCCCAUUCACCAUAUUAACCUAUGAUCCACCUUCUUCGCCAAUCUCAUACAUAGGUUUGAACAAGAAAUUACCUGAUAAUCCCUAUUAUCAACAUUCUCAUCGAUCGACACCACCAAAAGAGUCGAAAGGCUCUAGCGGUGUAGAAAGACCAGACAAAACGCCUUCCGCACGAGCAAAAGUUUUACCCUGGGUACAGGGGGUUAAUGUAGAGGAAGAAACUGUACCAGAUGGAAUGUUUGGACCUUAUCCUUCGAGACCACAAUCGAUGGCCGAACCAUCCCACCCUCAAGCCCAAGCCCGUCAUCCAUUCGCAUAUUCCAAUGUCCCUACUCUCCCAUUCGCAGCUCUAGGUGCAGGACACCGAACCCUGGAAGAUCAGCCUACAGAAUAUGUCAAAUCGCAAAGACCGGAGAGUGAAGUCCUGAGUAGAGGUGCAGGUAUGAGAGCGAUGGCUAGACCCGCUCACGCCACUGCUGGUGGGGGAGCUGGUGAUGAUACACCGGGAGGAAUGAGUAGUAUUGGAAUGGGUACGUUUGGUUUGGAAGGGCAGAGUGCGUUAGGUCCUGCCGGUAUACCUUUACCCAAGUCGAAAUAUACGGGCGUGACUGGAUCACCCAAGAAAUCGCAAUACACUACACGAAAAGCACCACCUACUGCACCCCUUCCUCCAGAUCCACCACAGACCAAACCUGAUUCCGACGAACAACUUGAACAGCCCUCAGCUCAUGAACACAAACCGCAUCAUGAAUAUCCAUUCUCACACGCUGAAGCUCAGGCUAAACAACUUCAAGCUAUGGAACGGGCUCGAGCAGCAGCCUUGGCUCAGUUAGAGGCCGCUCAGAGAAAUUCCGCCAUCGAAAUGGAACAUGAGAUGUUGGCUGCUUUGGAGAACUCAAUAAUGCAAGGUGAAAAAGGACCAAGACAAACAUACGAUACGAUGGACAGUGGACCUUCCUUCGGUCAUAUUUUGCAUCAAAAUGGAAUACCACUAUCUGCUAGACCAUCAGUACAAAUGCACAAUCCCGAUUUCUUCAGAAUACCCUUCGGUGUUCCGGUUGGACUUAAUGUGCCUAGGCCUCUGCUGGUCAUGCGGGAUAGUGCUGGAGCUGGAUUAGGAUUAGGUCUUAGUCCUGAUUUAUUGGAUAUCCUGGAGCAUGAUCAAGGUAUCUCACCUAGAGGUCCCGAAGAUAGAAGUGCCUUUGUCGAGACUGUCGAGGAUGAAGAAGCAUCUGGCAUACCAAGUGAUGUUCGAACUGCCACUCCAUCAAAACCUCCUUCGCAAGCUGUCAGGUCCGUCAUUCAGGACCAGCCAGCUGCUCGAACAGAAUCAGGAGUAUUGGGUGACCGUAUGACUGCGCCUCGAUCUGUAGCUCAGACUGCUGCCCCCGUUUCUGUACGAGCUCCCACGGAACAUUUCAAAUCACCCUCUGUCGGUCCCAAAGCACAAUCUGCUGCACCAUCAAAAGCAAGGAGUAAAGCUACAGCUAAAGCUCCAACAAAAGCACCUACGGUCAGGUCUCAAGCUUUCCCAAAACCUCCUUCUGUGGCUCCUACUCAAGCUAAAUCAGCUGUUGGAAGAAGACAAGUACUGAAAGCAAUGUCACAACACACCUUCAUGGAGUAUCCCGAUGGCCAAACGCUUUAUUCUCAAGUCCGAACCAAGAAUACCCCGACGAUCAUCCCUAAUUCAGUGCAUGAUCAGGAUGAGAAUGAGAUUGAAGAAGACGAAGCAUCCGUCGUACCUUCGCAUCAUGAAUCGGUAGCUCCCACUACUAUCAGUAAUGUCAAGAAGUUGGUAGCGGAGAGUCGAUUCCACGAUGAAACGCUUUGUCAGUUAUUGGAUGCUGCUAGAUUAAAUUUGAUUGGAGAUGCUGCGAAGAAAGCUCUACAGAGAGCUGCAAGAGCUAGAGUCAUUGAAUUGAGGGAUCUCAGAGAAAGAGGAGAGAUCGAAGAGGGAUUAAGAACGCCUAUACCUGAAGAGCCGAGGUCCACUCAGUCAACUCCCGAGAAAGACAAGGAGAGAAGGUUAAAAAGCAGAGAGCGAUCAAGGAGGAAGAGUCAUUCAGAGAAAACAGAGACGGUGGUGACAGCCCAAGAACCUCCUGCAUGGGCUCAAGAUAUCAUGGGACGACUCGCCGCCUUCGAUGCCCGAUUCUCUGCUCUUGAACAGCAGAAGCAUGAAGUUGAACAUAUGGGUCGACCCCCCACUCAGCACUCUCAAACCACUCAGGACAUCCCUGGCAACUUGAUCGACGAGUUGAUGUUUAACGAAAUGCCUUCCUCUGGCUUCACUCAAGGUAUACAUAUGCCAAAAGGUCUCACUCAGUCCAUCUUAUUCCCGGAACACGCUUCGAUACCUUCCAUGCCUGGGCAAGCCAGUGCGAGAGCCACUACUCACUACAGUCACAAGCCCCUUUCGACUCAUCCUGCUGGUCAGUCAGGAUAUGCACCUACCCACACUCCUGCAGCAAAUGGAACGGUGGAUUCCCGACAUGCCCCAACGGCGGUUCCUACUCAACAUGGUCAACACGCUCCUACUCAAGCUCGAAGUGCCGCCCCAUCACAUGCACCUACCAACGUCAAUCCGGCUGAAAUUCCUACUUGGGGCUCUGAAGUCGAGAUUCCUCAGGCUAGCGAUAACAAUCUUCCACCUGUCGCUCCGACAAUCAACAUACUAGCCCCGACCGAAUCAGGGUUAGGACCCAACGGCCGUCCCAGUACUCGAGCACCUUCUCCUUCCGUCAGAUCAAGAGGUCCAUCGAAAGCUGGUACUCAUAAUACUGGUCCAGAUCAUGUCGAGGUGACAGUAAUCACCGAACGACCUAUUCCCGAUACUGCGGUACCCAAUCCCGCAGAGAGAGACUUACCUGCGCCUCCUUCAGAAAGUGUUCGAUCACACCGACCUACUCCACCCUCCAAAUCUACGCCAUUGGACGCGAACACUGUUCACACCCAUACGGUUAGGUCUGUUCCGCCGGUACAAGGCAGUCAAGCAGGUACGAUGCGUUAUACACAUGAUGGUCAAUCUUUCCCUGCUCAAUCAGCAUAUAUUGGAAGUCCCGAUCAAUAUCCUCCUACGUUGACUAAGCCAGUUCCAUCGAGUCAAGUGGCACCGACCAAAGCGCCGACCACGACCGCUGUCAAAUCACCUAACACAGUACACCACCAGCAGAUGAGUGAUAUUCACAUGCAGGCUCACAAUGUUAUGAUGUCCCCUCCUCAAAAGUACAAUACACCUCCGAGAAGGGAUAUGAUCCACAUCAUCGACCCAUUACAUCCAAAUAUGGGAGGAUGGAAGCCGUGGGAUAUGCUUACUCAGAGAUUGUACUCUUGGGCUUUGAUCGCUGAGGAGAAGAGCUUUGUAAGGGCUUUAGAGGAAGUCAGCCUGGGAAGACAAGUGGAAGAAUUUCCUCUCAGUAUAUUUUUAAUGAUGACUUAUAAGAGAUUGAUCCGAAGGAUUAUGAGUGAAAACCCACCUAUACCAUGCGACAAGCUAUUUGUCCCGCCGAAUAUAGCCAGUGCGAUCAAUGUGGCUGUCCAUGCGAGGAGAUACCAUGAUGCAAAAGAAAUAUUACUGGAAUUAUGGAAUUCUUUAGGAAGUGACGAGCCUCCACGGGUGAUCAUUGCGUUGGCACCUUUGGGCAACGAUCUUGACCAAUGGGCAGCUCAUCGAUACGAUCUUGUCACUAGGCAUUUGACGACUUAUAGGGUAUCGCAUCUGGAUGAUAUACAGACCGAUGGUCGUUCAUUCUGGUGGUGGGAAGCAAUAGGUCAAGCCUGGCGUUCACUCCAAAUCCCCACAAUGGAAGUUCUCGAGCAAAGCGGCAGACAGAGGAUAAUUAACGAGAGAAGACCUCCUGAACAUCGACAUGAUAAUUCGCUAUACGCUGCUAAUAUAAGCAGAAACUUGUUACUGGGAUAUCGACCGGAGAGACAGCAAGAUUUGACCAAGUUGCGAGAAUUGGUUUGGGCAGAGGUGAAACGAUUGUUGGGUAAGAAGAGAAACGGUAAAUUGGUGGUGGAGCCUGAAUCACCCGAACAUCUAUAUGAUGCCUAG